AUGGCUGGUUAUGCAAUGGCUUACCUCGAUCCUCCAGAGAUGGUUGGUAAAGAGCAGUAUGAUAUUGCGGUCUGGGCAAGAAGAAUCAGGAUUGGAGAAAUAUACCUGCCUCGAGCACUGGCCCUUGUUGGUCUGAAUGCGCCAAAGCUUGCUAAUCAGCUAUACGCCUCUUACCCGACACUAGCAAGUGCCCUGGCUGGUGGACAGUACGCGUUCAGUGGAUUUGCGCUUUGGGAGACGACAUUAGCCAAAGUCAUCUACCAUGUUGGCAUUCCUUCUAUCCAGUUCGCGAUUGCCAUCACGAUAGUAGACACAUGGCAGUACUUCCUCCACCGAGCCAUGCAUAUGAACAAGUUCCUCUAUACUUGGCUUCACUCGAGACAUCAUCGACUCUACGUUCCCUACGCUUACGGAGCACUCUACAAUCAUCCCGUUGAGGGCUUCGCACUGGACACAUUGGGAGCAGGCUUGGCAUAUCUGGUAACGGGAAUGUCUAUUAGGCAAGGUUUGGUCUUUUUCACCUGCUCUACGAUCAAGACAGUUGACGACCACUGCGGCUACGCUUUCCCUUGGGAUCCUUUGCAGCACAUCACCUCGAAUAAUGCCGCCUAUCACGAUAUCCACCAUCAAUCUUGGGGCAUCAAGACCAACUUCUCCCAACCAUUCUUCACAUUUUGGGAUCGUCUUCUCGGCACGACUUGGACUGGUGGCGAUGUUUCCUCCAGAUACGAGCGCGACAGGAUCUCUGCGCAGAAGAAGGUCGAUGCAGACAAGACCAAGUUAGAACCAUCAGUCACGAACUCGCCAGCGGUUGACCUAGCGAAGGCUCAAGAGCAAGCAGCACAAAGUCAGCAGUCAGUCAUGGAUGCAGAUGGUCCGGCACCAAUUGUAGAGGAACAACGCGAAGAACAAGAAAUAAGGAGAAAUCUUAGGAAGAGUCCGAGACGCCGGACAGGCACCUUCGACCCUAGAUCUUCUCUGGCCGCGAGUGUGCCGAGUUUGCACGGCCGCAGCACACCUAUAUUGCACGCGGAUGAAAAUGAAUCCAUCAGUUCACUGCAAGAAUGGGAAUUGGACGAGGGUGUCCCUCAGCGCGAGGACCCGUUCAUACAGAAAUACCUGAAUGGUCGUGCUGCACUCAUUGAACAGGAGAAGAAGCAACGACAUGAUCGGGCGUUCCAAGCGACUAUGACCCCAAUGGCAAAGCGGGCGGCCAAAAUUCUGCAGUCCAUUCGUAAGCGAGAAUUAAAGGAGAAAUGGACGAGUGAGUACGAGGAAAGUCUGGCGCAGCACAACGAUGGCAACCUCUAUCCGGGAAUGAUGUUCAGCUUGGCUAGGGAACGAGCUGAGUCGACUGAGCUCUGGCGCUGUCUGGAAAGGAUGCCAAAGGGGUGCUUGCUGCAUGCACAUAUGGAUGCUAUGUGCGAUGUUGACUGGUUGGUGGACGAGAACUUGCGAGAGCCUGGUAUUUGUAUGCUCGCGGCUGAGGCGUUGACUGUUGAGCGAAGACGAGAUGUUGGCCCAGGACGGUUGUCCCCGCCCAACUUUCAGUUACGGUUUUUCCCCGAAGCUGAAAUGACGAGAAUCGGUAAGACGAGCAAAAGUAUGAGUAUCUGGAAGAACAGCUAUGUGGCUAAUACGCCGAUACCGAUACGUGAAGCCCAGAGGAGUUUCCCUGAUGAUGACACCACGUUCAAGAAGUGGUUGGCGUCGAGGUGUCGCUUGACGCCUGAAGAGAGUUUACACCACCAUCAUGGCCUGGAUGCAAUCUGGCGACGCUUUCAAAGCACGUUCCCGAUAGUCGAGCAGCUACUCUUCUACGAGCCGAUCUUCCGAAGAGCGAUGCAGCGGAUGAUGACAGACCUGGCCAAAGACGGUAUCAUGUACGUGGACAUGCGGCUAGCGUUCCUCUUCCAGUUCUUUUCUACAGGCAAGAGCAAGCCCGAUGCUCCAGGAUAUAUGCACUUCUUCCAGGUAUGGGGUGAAGAGAUAGAAAAGUUCAGGAAGACUGAGUUGGGCAAGAACUUCAAAGGCUGCAGAAUGAUCUGGACGAUCAUAAGAGCUUUCGACAACCGGACGAUCGCAGAGAAUAUGAAGCAGUGUAUUGCCAUCAAGAAGAAGUACCCACACUUGAUAUGCGGUUUUGAUUGUGUUGGACAAGAAGACUUGGGACGAACGCUGGAAGACCUAACACCGUUAUUGUUCUGGUUCAAAAAGCAAUGCGCCGAAGCAGGAGUUGAUAUCCCGUUCUUCUUUCAUGCUGGAGAAUGCUUAGGAGAUGGAGAUAGCACAGACAACAACCUGUUUGACGCAAUAUUGCUAGGCACAAGGCGGAUAGGUCAUGGCUAUUCACUGUUCAAGCAUCCUCUGCUGAUUGACAUGGUCAAGGAGAAGAAGAUUCUUGUGGAAAGCUGUCCAAUAUCGAAUGAGGUCCUAAGAUUGUCGAGCUCGAUCCUAGGUCACACAUUGCCCGCACUACUAGCUCGAGGCGUUCCCGUAUCGCUCAACAAUGAUGAUCCCUGCCUGCUUGGCCACGGUCGAAACGGGCUGAGCCAUGAUUUCUGGCAGUCGUUCAUGGGCUUCGAGAACCUCGGACUCGAAGGGCUGGCAGCGAUGGCAGAGAACAGUGUUAGAUGGUGUGCUAUCGAAGAUCAAAAGCAGGCUGAUUGGCUGAAGGGGAUCAGCGAUGGGUAUUUGGGUAAGACGGUCAAGGCACAGAUGAUAAAAAGCUGGAGGACGGAGUUUGAGAAGUGGUGUCAAUGGGUCAUUAUGGAGUACCCGUUGGAAGCUGAAGAGUCUGAAGAGGAAGACGACGAUGACGAUGAGGAUGAGGACGAGGACGAAGAAGAGGAGGACAGCGAAGAUGAGGACGAGGAGUAG